CCUAGCUCCUUGACAAGAGAAAUGAGUGCCCUUAACCAAUGAACCAUCCAGUUCCUCACCUUUAAAACAAAAUGGAAACAGGGAGCUCAAUAUACUGGCUAAACUGGCUGGCCAGUGAACUCCCUGUUACCCACACCCCAACCCCAUCUGCCUGUUUCUUUGUUUUGUUUUUGUUUUUGAGACAGGGUUUCUCUGCGUCGUCCUGCCUGUCUUGGAGCUCGCUUUGCAGAUCAGGCUGUCCUCGAACUCACAGAAUUCCACUUGGCAUCUGCCUGUUUCUUAUGUAGCCCAGGCUAGCCUCUUGGUUCGUUACUCUCCAAUCUCAGCCUCCCAAAUGCUGGGAUGACUGGCAUGAGCCACCACACCCCUCCGCUGAGUCCACUCCACCACAGACUGUAUAGCCUGCCUGCAGCAGAGGCCUGCAAGGGUCCCUCUUCAGUAGGCGUUGAACCAGCCCCUUCCCCACCCAAGCCCGAGAGACUCAAGGGAAUUGUGGCCAGUGCAGGUGCAGGGCAGUUCCUCUCAACUCAGGGCCUGAAACGCAUGGCAGAUAAAGGCCACUGGAGCUCAUCUCCGUGGGGCCGAACAGGAAGUGAGGUGGAUUUUGGGGUGGAAUCUGGUACCUCAGGGCUACUGCAACCCAGACGACUAACCGACUGACCGGGAGAUGUCAGGGGGUCCAGGAGCUCCCGGAGUCCUGCCUCUCUUCCUUCUCUUCCUCUCCGAAGCCUGCCUAGGCCCUAGAUGCCAGGCCCCAGAGAUAGAGGUACCACCAUCACUGACGGUGAACCUGGGGGAUGAGGCCCGCCUCACCUGCAAACACGACGCCAACAAUCCUAAUGUCACAUGGUAUUACGGUGAUUUUCAGUACAACUUUAACAACUCCAUACCCGCAGUGUUCCUGGGUCCUGGUCAGGGGCCCAGAGGCGAGCUGGUCAUCUCUAACGUGAACAAGAGCCAUAGGGGCAUAUACAGGUGCCAUGUGGAAGAAAACAACGAGGCACAAUUCUCCUGUGGCACCUACCUCCGAGUGCGUAAACACGGCUUUCAUGGGAGCGGAGCCAGUUCCUCCCUCCUGGACCUACACCCAGCAGCACACAGGCUCUCACCUAAGCGAUGGCAGAACGAGAAGAUUGGAGUGGACAUGCCAGAUGACUAUGAGGAUGAAAAUCUUUAUGAGGGCCUGAAUCUUGAUGACUGCUCUAUGUAUGAGGACAUCUCCAGGGGCCUCCAGGGUACCUAUCAGGACGUGGGCAGUCUGCACAUUGGAGAUGUCCAGCUGGAGAAGCCAUGA